GUUUUGCUUCAGUUCUCAACCGUUUGUCGCGAUCGCUGGCUCACGCGGUAGAUACUGCAUGCUCUCACAGCUUGCCACCUCAGUCAGUGAUAAUACAAUAUACGUAAAAGUUGUUUUGAUAUCGUGCUUUUUAAAGAGCUGCUGCUACAAGAGAAUAUUUCGCGACGUGUCGGGAAAUGAUAGAGCGCCGAGCCUAUUUUAUCUUGUCACUAAGGAAUAAAUAAUUUUGCGCCAUGGAUCAUCGACUGGUUAACGUUAUAAUUCUGGGACUUGGGUUCAUGUUUUUGUUCACUGCCUUCCAAACGAUGGGCAACAUCGAACAAACAGUGAUAAACAGCAUAAAAGCGGACGAGCCCACAUUUGAAGGAGAUGGAUAUACUAGUUUGGCGGUUAUAUAUGCUAUGUUAUCGGUUGCCAAUUGGUUGACGCCGUCCGUGUUGUCGAAGAUUGGACCAAAAGUUGCUAUGCUGCUAGGAGCUAUCACAUAUUGCGUUUUCAUCGUGACAUUUAUGUGGCCACGGACUUGGUUACUGUAUGUGGCGAGUGCUGUGCUAGGUUCAGGAGCGGCACUCAUAUGGAUAGGUCAGGGAAUGUAUUUGUCGAAAUGCAGCGAUGAACAAACCAUAUCCAGAAACUCUGGAAUAUUUUGGGCCAUGUUACAAAUGAGUAUGUUCUUCGGAAAUCUCUUGGUGUUCUUUAUGUUUCAAGGAAAGACGCACAUCGACAUGGAAACACGUACACUAGUAUUCUCUAUUUUGACUGGUGUAGCAAUCAUUGGUAUUGUAUUUCUGUGUUGUUUGAGAAAUCCUCAUAAUCGCAGUACGCAGGAAAUAUCUGAUGAUGGCAUCCCGGAAAUUCAGCAAAGUCCAAAGCAGGCUUUGGUUAGUGCUAUCAGACUAUUCGUUACUAAACGGAUGCUUCUGUUAAGCGUUUCAUUCAUUUAUACAGGCUUGGCCUUAUCCUUUUUCAGCGGUGUGUAUGGUGCCAGUAUUGGUUUUACUAACGCUAUUGGCGAGACUGCAAAGCAACUUGUAGGUCUCAAUGGUGUGUUCCUCGGCGUCGGAGAAGUCCUAGGUGGAAUAGUGUUUGGCCUACUGGGCAAACGUACCACAAAAUGGGGCCGCGACCCCAUUGUCAUAAUCGGGUUUAUAAUCCAUAUUAUGAGUUUCUUCCUAGUAUUCAUGAACCUCCCUGACUCUGCACCAUUUGGGGAUACCGACGAUGUUUCGUACUUUGAUCCACCAGUACCGUCUAUUGCUAUUUUAUGCUCCUUCCUACUCGGCUUGGGCGAUGCGUGCUUCAACACACAAAUCUAUUCGAUGUUGGGAGGUGUUUUCGCGAAAAGUUCAGCAGAAGCAUUUUCAAUUUUCAAAUUCACGCAGUCUGUGGCAACUGCUGUCAGUUUCGUAUACUCGUCUCACCUCGGUCUCCGCAUGCAGCUUGCAAUUCUUCUAGUCUCCGGAAUAUUAGGCACCAUGAGCUUCUGUGCGGUGGAAUGGCCAGUGAAACGAUCACGAGCUAUGGUCGCAAACGAAAGUAAAUUCGUCGAUAUUAAGAACUAAACGCGUAGACGAAUCUGUAUUUUAUAAACAUAACUAAAAUGAGUUUUUAGCAAAACAUGUAAAGUGUACAGUUCUGAAUGACAUUAGAUAUUUAAAAAUAUACGAAAAUUGUAUUUAAUAAAUA